CGAAAUAAUUGUAUAAAACACCAAGUCGUUUAUUAUCUAUGUGUCAUUUUCUUCUCGACGCUCGGACGAAGAAGACGCUUGAAACACUUGUUCUGCAUGUCUUUAAAAUGCAUUUUCAAGAUAUCAUCUCGUUUGGAUUGUUUGUUGCUGUGUGCAGAUGGCCUGCACAUGGUGCUUUGGGUCUAGAGAAAAGAGAGGUCUCGGAACCCUCAUGCCCAGAUGGAUGGAGACUCUUCGGAGAGAAUUGUUAUUUUUGUAGUGGUAAUGAAACCGCAAAUUGGGAUGCAGCUCAAGCUGCAUGCUUUAAAGUUGAAGGACAACUUGUAGAAAUCGAAAGUUAUACAGAAAUGGACUUUCUGGUUGAGCUAAAAAAUAACGCGUCAUGUCCAUAUGGAUGGACACUCUUUGGAGAGAGUUGUUAUUUACAUAGUGGUAGUGAGAUAAAAACUUGGGAUGCGGCUCAAACUGCAUGCUUUAAGGCUGAAGGACAACUUGUAGAAAUCGGAAGUUUAUUGUUGAGCUGAAAACGAACUUUUCGUCAAAUCCACAGUCUUGGAUAGGACUGCAUGAUAGAGAAAGUGAAGGAAAGCAUAUCUGGGUUUCAACCGGAAGUGGUACCAGUUAUACCAACUGGGCGACCUACGAACCUAACGAUCACGAUGGGGGAGCUUGU